AUGGGUCGAGUCAUCUUAGCACAACGUAAAGGCAAAUCGGCCAUUUUCCGCGCUCGUACUUUUCAUCGCAAAGGUGCGGCUAAAUUAAGAGCUUUGGAUUACGCCGAACGACAAGGUUAUCUUCGUGGUGUCGUCAAAGACAUUAUUCACGAUCCGGGCCGUGGUGCUCCACUCGCUGUUGUACACUUCCGUGAUCCAUACCGAUACAAAAAACGAAAAGAACUCAUGGUUGCUGCCGAAGGCAUGUAUACCGGUCAAUUUAUUUACUGCGGAAAAAAAGCCGCAUUAACAAUUGGCAACGUAAUGCCGUUAGGUCAAAUGCCUGAAGGUACCAUCGUUUGUCAAAUCGAACAAGCUACUGGUGAUCGAGGAAAAUUAGCCAAAGCAUCAGGAAAUUAUGCAACCAUCGUCUCACACAAUCCUGACGGUGGCAAAACAAAAGUUAAAUUACCAUCAGGUGCCAAGAAAACCUUACCAUCAACCAAUCGUGCUAUGGUUGGCAUCGUCGCCGGUGGUGGUCGUAUUGAUAAACCAAUCUUGAAGGCUGGCCGUUCGUAUCACAAAUAUAAAGCGAAACGAAAAUCAUGGCCCCGAGUUCGUGGUGUUGCUAUGAACCCUGUUGACCAUCCAUUUGGUGGUGGUAACCAUCAACACAUUGGUAAACCAUCUACCGUCAGUCGUUACGCUCCACCUGGUCGCAAAGUUGGUCUUAUUGCUGCCCGUCGUACUGGUCGUGUACGUGGUACAAUCGUAGUGAAAGAAGAUUAA